AUGGCCACAACUGAACCCUUCAAGUCCGCACCAGCGGCGCCCGUAAGCAGUAGCGAAGCUCCACCAGUGGCUACCCCAAGCACAAUGGAGGCCGCACCACCGGCUCCACCAGCGGCCGCUGAAAGCAGCGUGGAAGCUCCACCAACUAUGCCCGCAAGCAGCAUGGGGGCCCCACCAGCGGCCCGAGCCAGCAGCAUGGAAGCCCCACCAGCGGCGCGCCCCAGGUGUAUGGAAGUCAGGUCGUGCCCGCCCAACCCCACCCUGUACCUGUCCAAGCCCGCCGCCUACAACCUCGUCGUCGAGCUCGACGACGCAACCUCUGACGCCUCUGCGAACUCGCCGACCUCAGACUGCCCGGAGUGCCCUUGUGUUGGGAACGGGGGGCUGUUCGACAACGUGAAGGAGGGGUUCCGGGACUUGGGGCAGAGGCUGGAGUGGCUGGUGAGUGAGCUGGCACUUGCGGUGCAGGAGCAGAGGGAGAUGGAGGUGCGGUUUAGGGAGGUUGUUGAGCUGGUGGAGAGGGUGGUGAAUGGGUUGGAGGGAGGGGAGGAGGAGGAGGAGGAGGAGGAGGAGGAGGAGGAGGAGGGGGAGGAAGGGGAGGUGCGUCCUUAG